GCUCCUCGUUUCCUCCUCUGAAAGUUUGGAUCGCAGCUGAUGAAGAUGCUGAGCAGAUGAUCACUUUUUAUGGUCUCCUCCAACCUGCAGUACAGACCAGAGCGGCUCCGCGCUCAGCGCCGGACCGGACCAGGCCCCGAACGAACUCUCUCUGUUGGAACAAAACUUUUUGCCCCGCUUUGCUGGAACCUUUGGGAUGAGGGUUCUGCCGGCUGAGUGAGAUGGGCUUUGAAUCCAGAAAGGAGGGGAAGCCGCUUUAGUUCAGGUCUGGAUUCUGGAGAGUGUCGGCCGCAGCCCAGUCCUCCCGGGUCUCCCUCAGAGGCGGUAAUGUUAGCGGUGGGUCAGAUGGACGGGUCCCGACAGAGCGCCUUCCUCCUCAGCACUCCGCCCCUGGCAGCCCUGCACAGCAUGACCGAGAUGAAGACCCCCCUGUACCCGGCCUACCCCCUCUCCUCCACCUGCCCCAACUCCUCCACCUCCCCCGCCACCACCUCCCCCAACCCAGGCGGCAUGGCCGUGUCUUCCCCCGGGAUCAAGACCUCCAGCGGGCUGUCGUCGGGCCUCGGCUCCCCGCAGCAGUGCUCUUCCGCCACUCCGCACGGAAUUAACGACAUCCUCAACCGGCCGGCCGUCACCUCGGCCGGCACCACGGCGGUCGUGGCGGCCGCCGCUGCCGCCGCCUCCUCCUCGGCGGGGAUUCUGUCAGGACUGCCCCGAUUCAGCAGCCUCAGCCCCCCGCCGCCCCCUGGACUUUACUUCAGCCCCAGCGCGGUGGCCGUGGGCCGGUACCCGAAGCCGCUGGCAGACCUGCCGGGCAGGACGCCGAUCUUCUGGCCGGGAGUCAUGCAGAGUCCGCACUGGAGGGAUGCCAGGUUCGCCUGUUCACCCCAUCAGAACUCAGUGUUACUGGACAAGGACGGGAAAAGGAAGCACACCCGGCCCACUUUCUCUGGGCAGCAGAUCUUUGCGCUGGAAAAGACCUUUGAGCAAACCAAAUAUCUGGCGGGGCCCGAGAGAGCGCGCCUGGCCUAUUCUCUGGGGAUGACUGAGAGCCAAGUUAAGGUGUGGUUCCAGAACAGGAGGACAAAGUGGAGGAAGAAGCAUGCUGCGGAGAUGGCCUCCGCGAAGAAGAAGCAGGACUCGGAGACGGAGCGGCUCAAAGGAACGUCGGACAACGAGGAGGAGGACGACGACUACAACAAACCUUUGGACCCGAACUCGGACGAUGAAAAGAUCACACAGCUGCUGAAAAAACACAAACCGGGCUCUGGGCUGCUGCUGCACACGUCUGAAAACGACAGCUCUUAAUUGCGGUUGGACUUUUGUUCCGCGGAGGGAUUACGGUGGGAUGAACUCAUGGAUUCGGUUCAACUUGGUGAAUCUUUUAUUUUUUGGGAGGCGAGGGAGGACACAAGUUUCCUUUCCACAGAGAAGACUUUAGCUGUAAAUAGAGGCGUGAGUUGUAUGAAUAGAAAUUGCUAUUGAAUCAUUGCCGUGAAUAAUUUAUGUGUAGUUUUUUUUCACCUGUUUGUUUUGUAUAAAAUCGCUGCUCCCAAAUCAGCCGGUGACACCUUUUUAUUUGGGUCUGACAGCAGAGAGGCGUUUUUUUCCCUGUUUGUCCCUGAACGCCUCCUGACCCGUCAGAUAAAGCUGGAGGUACACACACACACACACACACACACACACACACACACACACACACACACACACACACACACACACACACACACACACACACACACACACACACACACUUUGUGAACCCUGUGAAGCUGUGGGAGCGGCCUGCAGCAGCUUCAUGUAAAGCACUUUUAUUUAAUAAAAACUAUGAAGUUG